GUAAUUUUUUAGUGAAUUUUAUUUUUUAAUAAAACUUAUGAUCUCAAAUUGUAUAACUCAACGGUGAUAUAUAAACCAUGAUCGACCCAAGUUCAUCCGAAGACGAUAGUGAGGAGGAAAAUGUACAUCAUCCGUCACCCAGAUCACAUGGUCAUAGUGGAGGCCACUCACAUGCACCCUCGCAAGCGGAACAAUUUCCUCCACACCCAUACAGUCAUCCUGCAGAACCUCAAGGGGGUAAUUUGGCAGUGCCUUCUGCAGCGGCCAGCAUUUCAAGUAGGUCAUUGUCACCUUCAACCGGCGCACCAUCUGAAUCUCUAAGUCAUAGUAUUGGGUCAUCGCGAGCGAAUUCAUUGCCAAGACCCACAAGUCCAUCGCCGUCCGCUGCUAGUGAGAAAACUGACUUAGAUUUACAGGUGGAAAAGCAGGAACGUGAAGAAGAAGAAAAGAAACGACGAAUUCAACUAUAUGUGUUCAUUUCAAGAUGUAUUGCGUAUCCGUUCAAUGCAAAACAACCGACAGAUAUGACUCGACGCCAAACCAAAAUCACAAAACAUCAAUUAGAAACAAUUAGUUCACGAUUUCAGAGUUUUCUCAAAGGUGAAACACAAAUAAUGGCGGACGAAGCAUUUCAAAAUGCUGUACAAAGUUACUUUGAUGUAUUUUUGAAAUCAGAGCGUGUCAUUAAAAUGGUCCAAUCCGGUGCCUGUUCACAAUAUGAUUUCAGAGAAGUAUUUAGAAAUAAUAUUGAAAAACGUGUUAGAUCGUUACCAGAAAUUGAUGGGUUAAGUAAAGAAACAGUUUUAACAUCUUGGAUGGCUAAAUUCGAUUGCAUCCUGAAAGGUUUAGGUGACGAAGAAUCAAAGCGGCCAUCUCGUAUGCAGCAACAAUCAUUAAACUCAGAAUUAAUUUUAUCCAAAGAACAGCUUUACGAUAUGUUUCAACAAAUAUUGGGUGUCAAAAAAUUUGAACAUCAACUACUAUUUAAUGCCUUAUUAUUAGAUUCAGCUGAUGAACAAGCAGCAGCUAUUCGACGAGAACUCGAUGGUCGCAUGCAAAGAGUUCAAGAAAUGGAAAAGAAUCGUAAAUUAAUGCCUAAAUUUUUAUUGAAAGAAAUGGAAUCAUUGUACAUCGAAGAAUUAAAAUCAUCGAUUAAUUUAUUAAUGGCAAAUUUGGAAUCGUUACCGGUAUCAAAAGGUUCAAUGGAUUCCAAAUAUGGCCUACAUAAAAUCAAAAGAUAUAAUCAUAGCGCUACAAUUUUUAUUUACUUAAUGUACAGGUCACAAGGAUCAUUGGCUAAACUCGAAGGUGAUUCGGCUGAUAGUGAUACACAAUUAACUAAGUUAGAUGUGGUUUUAACCUUUCAACUUGAGGUUGUUGUCAUGGAAGUGAAAGGAAUUAAAUCAUUAGCACCAAAUCGGAUAGUCUAUUGUACUAUGGAAGUUGAAAAUGGUGAACGCUUGCAAACAGAUCAGGCUGAAGCAUCAAAACCAAUGUGGGAUACUCAGGGUGAUUUUUGUACGACUCAUCCUUUACCCUACGUUAAAGUAAAACUUUAUACUGAAAAUCCUGGAAUGCUUGCAUUGGAGGAUAAAGAAUUAGGUAAAGUAAUAUUGAAACCAACGCCAUUGUCUUCCAAGGCUCCUGAAUGGCAUAAAAUGGUUGUACCAAAAAAUUUACCUGAUCAAGAUUUAAAAAUCAAAAUUGCCUGUCGAAUGGAUAAACCAUUAAAUAUGAAACAUUGUGGAUAUUUGUAUGCGAUUGGUAAAUCCGUUUGGAAAAAAUGGAAAAAACGUUAUUUUGUUCUUGUACAAGUGUCUCAAUACACGUUUGCAAUGUGUAGUUACAAGGAGAAGAAAUCAGAACCUUCGGAGAUGAUGCAAUUAGAUGGUUAUACCGUCGAUUAUAUUGAGUCAUCUUCAGCGAAUUUAAUGGUCAGCAUGGAUUUGGAAGGUGGCCGUUUCUUUUUCAAUGCUGUCCGAGAAGGUGAUAGUAUUUUAUAUGCAAGCGAUGAUGAAAAUGAAUGCCAUUUAUGGGUGAUGGCUAUGUAUCGUGCAACAGGCCAAUCACAUAAACCCUCACCACCGUUAACUUUACAAGAUAAGAAUUCAACAAUAUCCAAAAUUCAAGGUGAUGCCGAUCGUGCCCGUAAACAUGGUAUGGAAGAUUUUAUAUCAGCGGAUCCAUGCACUUUCGAUCAUGCAUCAUUAUUCAAAUUAUUACAAAAUUUAACGCUCGAUUAUCGAUUAAAUGAUCCAUAUUGUUCCUUGGGAUGGUUUAGUCCCGGUCAAGUUUUCGUUUUGGAUGAAUAUUGUGCCCGAUAUGGUGUUCGAGGAUGUUAUCGGCAUCUUUGUUAUUUGUCAGAUCUUUUAGAUCGAGCUGAAAAAGAUGUCAUGAUUGAUCCAACUUUAAUACAUUAUAGUUUUGCGUUUUGUGCCAGUCAUGUACAUGGAAAUCGGCCGGAUGGAGUGGGGAGUAUAACACAUGAGGAAAAAGAAAAAUUCCAGGAGAUUAAAGAACGAUUACGUGUCUUAUUAGAAAAUCAAAUCACUAAUUUCAGAUAUUGUUUCCCGUUUGGACGACCUGAAGGUGCCUUGAAAGCAACCUUAUCACUAUUAGAACGUGUUCUCAUGAAGGAUAUCGUAACGCCAGUACCACCGGAAGAAGUACGCGCUAUGAUUAAGAAAUGCUUAGAAACAGCGGCAUUAGUAAAUUACACACGUUUGUCCUCCGAAACAAAAAUCGAAGUUGUGGAUGAACGUACGGGUGAAAUUGUGAUUAGUCCACAAAAGAAAUUAGAAGAUCUCAUCCAUUUAGCGGAAUUAUGUGUGGAUUUACUACAACAAAAUGAAGAGCAUUAUGCAGAGUUGCGUACACCCCUGCCUCCUGAACAAACCGAACAAGCGCCGACGCAAGCCGGAGCGCCUGCACAAACAGGUGCAACAAGCGCAACAGCUGCGCGCGAUGCCAAACAAACUACCACUGUGUUCCGCUAUUGCAUGCCUACGCAUGCUACGUACACGCCGCCCCAACCCAGGGCUUUUGCAUGGUUCAGCGAUUUAUUAGUGGAACAUGCUGAAAUAUUUUGGUCAUUAUUUGCUGUUGAUAUGGAUCGUGUCCUAGCGGAGCAACCUCCAGAUACAUGGGAUUCAUUUCCAUUAUUCCAAAUUAUGAACGAUUAUCUUCGAACAGAUGAUAAUUUGAAGAAUGGCCGAUUCCAUCAACAUUUACGGGACACGUUUGCGCCGUUAGUUGUACGUUAUGUAGAUUUAAUGGAAUCAUCCAUAGCGCAAUCGAUUCAUAAAGGAUUUGAGAAAGAACGAUGGGAAAUUAAAGGCAAUGGAUGUGCGACAUCUGAAGACCUAUUUUGGAAGCUAGACGCAUUACAAUCAUUUAUACGUGACUUACAUUGGCCAGAUAUGGAAUUCCGACAACAUUUAGAACAAAGAUUAAAAUUAAUGGCAUGCGAUAUGAUAGAAUCAUGUAUUCAACGAACUGAAAGUUCGUUCCAGCAAUGGCUGAAAAAAUCUGUAACGUUCAUCUCAACAGAUUAUGUGAUACCGUCUGAAAUGUGUGCUAUGGUUAAUGUGAUACUCGAUGCUAAAAAUCAAUCGUUUAAGUUAUGUGCUGUAGAUGGCAUUGAUGUGCAUCAAUAUCAUACUAAAAUCGAUGAUCAAAUCGAUAAAACUUUAGUAAAUAUGAAUCAAGGAAUGAUUAGUAAAUUAAUUUCGGUGUUAGAAGCUACAUUAUCGAAGUUAUCCCGAUACGAUGAAGGCAGUUUAAUUGGUUCAAUUUUAAGUAUUACUAAUGUAUCAGGAUCCGGUAAGGAUAUGGGACAAGGAUAUGUAAAUUUUACACGAAAUUGUAUGGAUCAGAUACGGAGUAAAGUGAACGAUGAAUUAUGGAUAUUAAAUUUCUUUGAACAAUGGUACACAACACAAAUAAAUUUAUUAUGUAAUUGGUUAUCGGAUCGAUUAGAUCGUUCAUUACAUUUUUAUCAAUGUACGUGCCUUGCUCACAUUGUAAAGAAAAUAUAUUCAGAUUUUGAGCUUCAAGGAGUUAUGGAAGAUAAAUUAAAUUCAAAGGCCUACCAAACCAUAUCUCAACGGAUGCAAGCCGAAGAAGCAACAUGUGCUUUAUUAAUGGGACAACAAGAAGAUGAAGCUGAAGGAAAUGGUGAUAGUGUUGAAGAUGGGGAGCGUUCAAAAUCAAAACCGAUAUUAGAGAAUUUAAGCGGUGAAGAAGGUGUGAACAUCAGUAAUAUAUCAUCAGUGGUUGUCGGACGUGUCGGUAAUUUGUUUGGUAAGGGCAUUGGAGGCUUAGGUUCAAAAUUAGGCGGUGGUACAAGUUGGUUUUAGUAUAUACUUAAAUAUAUACUAAUCGUGAAUUUUUUUUAG